AAUUAAUAGUGGUGUGAUAAAUUGACAAAUCUUCUUCUUCUUCGUGACAUUCCGUUUACUCUGUAACACAAGUAACUACUACUUUUCAUUCGUUUCUGUUUUGCUUUUCUUUUCGCCAUAAAACUCAAACUCACUCAUUUGUCCCCACUUCAUUUCACACUCAAUCUCAUACGUUACAUAAACCACACCCUUAAUAAAUUCACUUGUAACUUAUCAAAAAUAGAAACUAAAUUUUCAGCUGUGUUUUCUUUUUAUAUCUCUAUUUGCUUCUUCAUUCCACUACCAACUUUCUUCUUAAUCAUCAGAUAAGAAAGCUAGUUUUCAAAAUGGCUUCUACCAACAAGGGUGAUAGGAAGCUUGCAAUUGAUCUUGCAUCAUGGAUGUUCAAUGUAGUCACAUCUGUAGGAAUAAUCCUUGUGAACAAAGCAUUGAUGGCUACACAUGGUUUCACUUUUGCUACAACAUUAACUGGUCUGCAUUUUGCCACAACAACCUUGUUGACAUUGUUUCUUAAGUGGAAUGGAUAUAUCCAAGACACUCAUCUUCCUUUGCCUGAUCUUAUCAAAUAUGUCAUGUUUGCAAAUUUCUCUAUUGUGGGAAUGAAUGUUAGUUUAAUGUGGAACUCUGUCGGUUUCUAUCAGAUUGCUAAGCUGAGUAUGAUUCCAGUAUCUUGUUUCCUGGAAAUUGUCUUGGACAAUGUGAAAUACUCAAGGGAUACAAAGCUUAGCAUUUCUUUGGUUCUCCUUGGAGUUGCUGUAUGUACUGUCACUGAUGUGAGUGUCAACGCUAAGGGUUUCAUAGCUGCUGCAGUGGCAGUUUGGAGCACCGCACUGCAGCAAUAUUAUGUGCAUUUUCUUCAGAAAAAGUAUUCUCUCGGAUCUUUCAAUUUGUUGGGCCAUACAGCACCAAUACAGGCAACAAGUUUAUUGCUAGUUGGCCCCUUUCUUGACUAUUGGUUAACAAACAAACGAGUUGAUGCCUACAACUACGGUUUAACAUCCAUUUUGUUCAUUGUUUUGUCUUGCUCGAUCGCGGUAGGAACAAACCUUAGCCAGUUCAUAUGCAUUGGAAGGUUCACAGCAGUAUCAUUCCAAGUCCUUGGCCAUAUGAAGACUAUUCUUGUCCUUACAUUAGGAUUCAUUUUAUUUGGAAAAGAGGGUCUCAAUCUACAAGUAAUAGUAGGCAUGAUCAUCGCUAUAAUGGGAAUGAUUUGGUAUGGUAAUGCAUCUUCUAAGCCAGGAGGGAAAGAGUCUCGUAGUAGCUUGUCGAUUCCUAUUCCUACCUCCAAAACACAAGAGUAUAAUUUACUACCAGUUGCAUCUGCUGAAACUGGUCACAGUGACGAGGAAGUGUGAAUAAACUCUGGAGUACCAAGUUCGAUUCUUACAAUUUUUUUUAAAAAAGGCGUAGAACUAAAUGGAAAUGUAAAGGGAGGUGAAACUUGUUCUCAAGUACAUUGGAAAAAUCAGGUGUUAAUUUGGCCAACUGGUUCAUUAUCUUUAUAUGAUGUAAAAGGAAUUGCUCAAUUAUUUUUAUAUA